GAGGAGUCCACCCUCCGUGUCCUCUGGAUGGUUCCCUUGGUUCGCUGUGUGCGGCGCUCUGUGUCCCGGGUUGUCCCCAUAGUCCGGGGCUCUGUGCCUCCCUCCUCCCCCCUCCUCUGGCCGGAACGAUGGCUCAGCUCUGACAUGGCGGCCGCACAGGACACAUGCGUGGAGCGGCAGCAGGAAAGUCCGGGGCCUGGUCGGGGGGAGGAGGCCGAUCCUGAGGUGCUUCGGAUAGUGCGGGCUCAUGAGGAGGCCUGCCUGGCAGGUCAAGAAGGAUACUCCGAUCCCAUUACUGGAUAUUUUGUUUUCACAAGAAUAGCUCAUUUGAAAAGAGGCAAAUGCUGUGGGAGUGCAUGUAGGCAUUGUCCAUAUGGCCAGGAAAAUGUUAAGGAUUCAUCUAGAAAGAAGCAAUUUAAUUCCUUUUUUUACACAUGA